AUGGUUCUCCCGGGUCGGAGGGUUGAGUUCUCCCGGGUCGGAGGGUCGAGUAAUCAUGCAUUCUUUAACGGAAUUCCCAGCCGACCGGGCCGAACCGCCUACUCCGGCACCGUCGUGAACACCGUCUACAGCACUGUUGACGCCCUUGGCGCCAUAGAGACGUCGACAUUCUCGCGUAUCGUCGUCUCCCAAACCGCGACCACUGUUACCGGCACCCAACCCGCCACAGCUACCACAGCGACCAACUGCCCCCUCCAAACACAAGUCUCCUGCUUCAUGAUCACUGCCAGUGGACCCGAGCACGUCAAUGGCAAACAGCUCUUCCUGUCCAACAACAGCUCUUCCCCCGUCUGGGGUGGUUGGGGUGCUGGCUACGAGAUCGGUGUCUUCUACCUGACCUGCGCAGGCGAUCUCGUCGCGUUGCCCUCUAUGAACGUGCUCGCCCCCGUGCGGGAUAAGUGGGUCGAAUUUGACAGCUUCUCUUCCGCAACUUCCAAGCAAAGUUGUUCAAAGGAUACUUCCUCUGGUAUUGUCAGCUGUGGAAGUGGUUGGUAUGCCACCUCGCCUGUGGCACUGCGCUACACAGAUUUCCGCGCGUACAGUGGAGACUGGCAACCUGUUUGGAAUGACGGGACGAGUGAAGAUACACUGACGCCGGUCGUGCUGACUUACGAGACUGUGGAUUGUCCUUGCCAAUAUUAG